AGGUGUGCGCGGGAACCAGAAAACAUGACGUCACUCUCUCACACCGACGGUCGUCUGCUGAAGGCUGAUACGAUAUUAGAACGCCAAAGGUUCAAUAUAUUUAUCUUUUCAUUUCUGCAACGUGUCGCCACUGGCUGGAGCAGCGGCAUUUCCCUGGAUUUAACUAUGUCGCUGACGAGAUUUGUGAGAUUUGACCAUACUCGCAUAUUAUUCUAAUGAAGGUUUUCAGAUCAUUCUGGUGCUCAAGUUAUCUUUAAAAGUGAUAGUAACCACUACCACCAUGUCGCUGAGACUCAAAGGAAUAAAGGGCUCAUCCAGUCGGGUCUUCCUUGCCAUUCUCUACACAUCCAUCCUCUGGUUUGCUCUCGAUGUGCUGUUCCUUGUCAUGUAUUCCUCACUGUCCGAGGACAACGAUCGUUCAACACAUAAACUUCCCACAAACGACGGACACCAGCGAAACGCGCGGGGUGGGGAACCACUGUACGCGCUCUCAGGAGAAGCUGCGUUGGACAGUCAGCUUCGGAAGGACAUCGUGCGCCAUGCUAUGAAAACCCCAUCCGACGCGGAGAGAAUGUUAGGUGCGCAUGGGGAACAGGGGCAGCGGAAACAAAGCAGAUUCUCGUGGGGGAAAGACUUGAAAAAUAAACCCUUACAUUCCAAUACAUCAAAAGAACAUUUGCAGCUGAGUAAAGACGAUAAGGUUGGCGACUCCCUUGAAAAGAAACUCCUAGAAGUCAGAGGAGAGAUGCUAAAGGAGAUCGAAUCCCUUAAGAAAGAGCUGGACCAAGCUCGAAAACACGAAAAGGGGAGCAGCGAAAAGGUCCAGGACGAGAGAUCAUCCAAAAAUAACUUGAAACCCAAUGACAUCCGUCCAAACUCACACCAAAGUACCAGUAUUGAUAAUAAACGUAAUGCCCAGAAGGACACGGACAAAUCUAGAGAAGAACAAAAUAAUGUUGUAACGCAAAACAAAUUGGUAUCGACUGCUAAACAGGGCAAGCACCUCGUCCGCAAUAUCGAUGUCACCUCCAAACCGCGUGAUCCCCAUGGUCCCGGUGAAAAUGGCGCCGGGGUCAAGACCAAACCGGAAGAGAAGGAGAAGGUCAAGAUAGGUUGGGAGCAUGCGUACUUCAACGAGUACGUCAGUGACAUGAUCUCUGUCGAGCGGUCACUCCCGGACGCCAGGCCAGAUUUGUGCAAAACGAAGGAGUAUUCCAACGAUCUCCCCAAGACCAGCGUCAUCAUCUGUUUCACGGAAGAGUCGUGGUCGACCCUCUUACGGACCGUCCAUAGCGUGCUCAAUCGAUCUCCGCCAGAGCUAAUCGCCGAGGUCCUCCUGGUCGAUGACUUCAGUCAAAGAGAAUACCUCAAGGAACAACUUGACAAGUACAUGAAGAGAUUUCCAAAGGUUAAGGUCGUUCGCCUCGGCCAGCGUGAAGGCCUGAUACGCGCCCGGAUAAUCGGGGCGGAGAUGGCCGAGGGACCGGUCCUAACCUUCCUCGAUUCGCACGUCGAGUGCAACGUCGGCUGGCUCGAGCCGCUUUUACAGCGUAUCCACGACGACAAGACCAACGUAGUAUGCCCAUCCAUCGACGCCAUCGACGAGACCACUUUCGGUUAUUCGAACUCGGGACAAGGAAUCAUUGGUGCUUUUAAUUGGGAAAUGAGAUUCAUUUGGAAUGCAAUGCCCGAUUAUGAGGCGAGGAGGAGAGAGGACCAAUCAUGGCCAAUCAGAUCGCCAGCGAUGGCGGGCGGUCUGUUUUCCAUCGACAAGAGUUUCUUCUACAAUAUAGGCACCUACGACCCCGGCUUUGAUAUAUGGGGAGCUGAGAACCUCGAACUCUCCUUUAAGAUCUGGAUGUGCGGCGGCACCCUAGAAAUCCAUCCUUGUUCUCGCGUGGCGCAUAUAUUCAGGAAGAAACAGCCAUAUAAAUUCCCAGGAGGAAAUCUGAAAACAUACAAGCGUAACACCAUGCGGCUGGUUGAAGUUUGGGUGGACGAGCCCUUCAAGCAGAUCUUCUACUCCAACAGGCCCGAGCUGAUCGGGCAGGAGUACGGCGAUGUGUCCGAGCGAAUCACGCUACGCAAAGACCUCCAAUGCCACGACUUCAAAUGGUAUCUGGAUAAUGUUUUUCCCGCCUUAAGAAUCCCGGAUACAAACGUGCGCGCAAGAGGAGAGGUCAAGAAUGCUUUAACCUUGAUGUGCCUUGAUUCCAUGGGCAAGGGGGUACUGGGAAUGUUUCCUUGUCAUGGAGAAGGAAAUAACCAGCAUUUCACUUUAACUUGGGACGAUGCUUUGGAACAUAAAGGUCAAUGUCUGACCAAGACUCCAUUUCCCGGUCGGGUCCGGAUGGCCAACUGCCAGAAGACAAGUUCUCUUCGCCUUGUACAUACUAAGGGAGGAACCAUACAAGACUCGGGUACUGGGAAAUGCCUUGACAUUAGCACGGAUCACACCAUGGCUGUGUUCAACCAUUGCACAGGGACCACGGCACAGAAAUGGAGCUUUUCACGGUACUACAACAGAAAAGGGCACGCACUUCCAUGAGGGUCCGCCGGGGAAGUGUUCACUCGAUUUUUUUUUAAAUGCCACAGUCACACUGCCAAAACCGUAUCCCAGACCGACCAAAGAUGUAAUAAAGCGCUUUUUGCCUGAGAAUACAAAGCGCUGCUAUUACUACCCCGGCUUUAGCUCGAGCUACCAUCACCGGCGCUCAGUGUACGCAAGGAAUUAAUCCUGCCGGGUACCCAUUCACCCCACCUGGGUCGAGUGCAGCACAGUGCGGAUAAAUUUCUUGCUGAAGCAAAACACGCCAUGGUUAGUAUUCGAACCCACGACCCUCUGUUUGAAAGGCGAGAGUCAGAACCACUAGACCACGACGCGCCCGCAAAUGUAAAUGAUAUACCAUUGGUCGGUUUGGGGUUGGUUUCGUUGGUGUAAGCUAGAAUCUGGUAAAGAAAAUGAAUCACGAAAAAAAACUACGGGCGGAGAGCGUGCAAGUGAUUUUCUUCAGCGCGGAGCAGGUUCACCCGAAAGUGCAGAUAAACUUGGAGUUAAACAUGACCAGGGAAUUUAGAGUAGAUUAACCUGACUAUCCGGAAGCAGGCUGCGAUGAUGACGUCACGAAAACAAUGAUUGAUAUGUUAGUCGGUUGCGUUUAAGCGAUUUUUAGCGACCUUGAAGGUUCUUCAGAAUCGCAUUUCCGUGCUUUUAGAAGAUAACCUUUUAGCUUUUCAUUUGUGUUUUGAAAGUACUACCGAUGAAAGGUCUUUUGUAGGCAAUCGUGUCUUAUAUUCUACAUUAUGUGUUAUGAUCAUCGCUUUAAAAAGUAUAAAGUCUGAGACGUUUUUUGUCAAUCGAACCAAUACAAUAAAAAUAAGAAAUUUUCUGUAAGAAAUAUACAUCAUAGUAAAAUAUGUAAAUAUCUUAAUGUCUGCAAAAAUAAAUUGCAAACAAACGUGAUUAGACCACACUUUUUUCAUGUGCAAUUUUAAUAUACAUAUUGACAAUUUAAAAAGCCUUAUUAUGAUUACUUGUUAUUUACCAAUUUGCUGACGUUCUAAUUUUAUAGACACAUUCCGAAGAGAAAAAGCUUGCAGUAGAAAUAUAUAGUUUUUAUAUUGAUGUCAAGGCAGAUUUAAAUAUACACAGUAAAUCUGUUGAGUUAUUUGGUGUACAUAUAGGAGACCACAUCAGCCAUUAUAAUCCGGAGUUAAAUUGUUGGUGUUAAUCAAACACAUAUGGGUGUUAUUACAACACCUUACAUUUUACACUCUUUGGUGUUAUGUUCAAUAUUUUGGGUGUCAUUUAAGCAACUCUGGGUGUGGUCUUCUAGGUACACCAAUUGGUGUGAGUUUUAGCUCCUAAGUUCUUAAAAUGUAUGUGAACAUUUAUUUCAUAAGCUGGGGUAGAUAAUAGAUAAUCACUAAUUUGACCGGGACCCUGUUACACAAAAACUUACUCUACAAAACAGUGGUGUUAGCAGUCUAGACUAGGUGUGCUAUUCACAGAACAUCGUAUUGUUUACAGAAAUAGUUAACUGAUUAAUCGUGCAGUUAUUUGUUAGAUUGAUUUUACAGAGUUCUUGAUGCAAUCAAAGUAAAAUAAAUCAACCCAAUACAAUUUUUAUGAUCGAUUAGAAAAUGCAGUCGUUUUUGCCCGUUUAUCAUUUACUGUUUAUUAUACGCAGUUUAUAUACGCGUGUUUUGUUGAAAAAAAGUUGUAAUUCAUAAACGUGUUUGAUGUAAUAUUUAUGUCCAAAUUAAGUGCAAUUUCAACUGAGGAACUGUUAUUUUGAAGGAAAAUUAUCAGUACUUUGUGUAAACAUGGUUAUGUAUCAUGAUGAAAUAUUGUAAAUAUUUUGAUAACGAUGAUAAUAAUACUGAAUUUGAAUUUAUAUUUUGAACCUUUUUUGUAGAUUAAGUUAACAUUGUUCAUUUAGUUUUCUUUUUUUUCUCAUUUUCAACAAAACAGUAUAUUAUCCAUUGAAAUGCCAUUAGAAUAAACAACUGAAGAAUGAAACAAACCUGCAAUACAUACAAACAUAUCAAGGAAACUAUAAUUAUUUGCAAAUCAGAUGGAUUAUGAAAUGCUGUAGCUUAAAACACUGUUGGAAAUGAAUAAGUCCACUUUAAAGCUGUGCUUGUAAAUCAUUGCAUUCUUGCCCGGAUACU